AUGGAAGGUAGAUACAUUGAUAAUCCUUAUUUACAAUCAACAAUUAAUAAUAUAGAUAAACAAUCAUUAUUAAAUGAAGAAUUACAAUCAUUAUUUUCAUCAUCAUUAAAUGAAAUAGAUCAACAAUUAAAAGAUAAUCAACCAACAAUAAAUAAAGAUAAUACAAUAUAUACAGGUUCAUUAGGAUUAUGUUUUAGUUAUUUAAUGAGAUAUUUAAUACCAACUAGUAGUGGAAAUCAACAACCAACAACCUAUUUAGAUCUUUGUAGAGAUUUAUAUAAUUGUUUAACAAGAGAUUAUCAAAAAAAGAGAUCAUCUAAAAAGAGAAUAACUUUUCUUUCAGGUGAUAAUGGUUUAUUAACUAUUGGUAUCAUAUUAAAUUCAUUAGAUAGAGAUAAUGAUAAAAUGUUAAUGUUAUUUAAACAAUUAUUAAAUCAAUUAAAUGAAAUAAUCAAUGAUGAUGAUGAUGAUGAUGAUGAACAAGAAUAUCCAUAUGAAUUAUUAUAUGGUAAAAGUGGAUAUCUUCAAUGUUUAUUAUUGAUAAAGCGAUAUUGUUUAAAGAAUUCUUUAGAGAGUUUACAAUUGUUAGAGACAUUGGAUCAAUCUAUAGAGGCAUUGGUUGUAGAAAUAGUAGAGAGUGGUAGAGAUUAUGCGAUCGAUGAUGAAUCAGAAUCACCAUUGAUGUAUGAAUGGCAUCGAUCACAAUAUUUAGGUGGUGUACAUGGUUUAGCAGGUAUACUUUAUAUGUUGAUGAGUUCAUUAGAGAUGAUCUCCAUCAAUCAAGAAAAGAAGAGAUCAAUCGAUAGCGAUAUUCGAGAAUCAUUAGAUUAUUUGGUUUCAACGAUGUUACCGAGUGGUAACUUUCCAACACGUACCGAUAGUGACAGUGAUCGAUUGGUUCAGUUUUGUCAUGGUGCACCCGGUAUCAUUCCCACCCUCGUAAAAGCAUACUCUUAUUUUAAUAACGAUCCAAAGUAUUUAGAGUGUGCCAAGUAUUCAUCUAACGUCAUUUGGAAGUAUGGAUUACUUACAAAAGGAACAGGUCUCUGUCAUGGUAUCUCUGGUAAUACGUUUUCAUUCCUUUUAAUAUAUAAAGAGAGUAAUGAUCUUUGUUUUCUUUAUAAAGCUAUUGCUUUUGUAAAAUUAUCAACAACAAAAUCUUUUUUUAAGCAAUUAAAUAUACCAGAUAAUCCUUUUUCUUUAUUCGAAGGUUUAGGUGGUUUAGCUUGGUUAUUAAAUGAUAUAUUAAAUAUUUAUAAAUAUGAUAAAGAUUAUUUAAAAUUAAUAAAUUUUCCAUCUUUUUAA